AUGUUUGAAUCCGGCCAAGAUUUUGUGUUUCAGCAAGAUGGUGCAGCGUGCCAUACCUCACAAAAGGCUAUAAAAUGGAUGGAAGAAAAUAAUGUACCACUUUUGAAAUGGGUUUCUAGCAGUCCAGAUCUGUCACCUAUUGAAACUUUAUCAUUUUCGCGCCAUAAUUUAUUACAACUUCAGAGACAAUUACCGCAACAAGAAUGCCUUGCUGAGUUACUGUCUGUUUUCGGCAACGAAGCGCCACAACAGUCGACAAUUUCCCGUUGGUAUGGAGAAUUCAAAAGUGGACGGGUGAGUCUUAGCGACGAUCCCAGGGUGGGUGCACCAAAAACGGCAGUCAUCCAGGAAAACGUCGAUGCUAUUGAGGCGUCCUUGAAGAUCUCAAAGACCUCAAUUCAAAAAAUUUUAGAUGAAGAAUUAGGAGUAAGAAAAUUGGUUUCUCGUUGGAUACCCCACCUGUUGACUGAAGGGCAGAAAGCAGCCAUGUCGGCUGUUUGGGUUUUCCAAGAUGAAGAAAAGCCAACAAAAGUCAUCCGUUCUCGAAGUGUUUCGAAAAAGAUGGUUGCGACAUUUGUGUCAAAAGCGGGUCAUAUUGCAUCAAUUCCUCUUAAUGAGCAAAGAACUGUUACUGCGGAUUGGUAUACCACCAUUUGUUUGCCAAAAGUCAUCACCGAGCUUCGAAAAAUCAACCCCGAAAGAAGAAUCAUCCUCCAUCAAGCCAAUGCAAGCUCGCACACAGCCCAAAAAACAAGGCAGUAUUUAACGGAAGAAAACGUGGAAUUAUUGGACCAUCCUCCAUAUAGUCCCGAUCUAAGUCCUAACGAUUUCUUUACUUUCCCGAAAAUUAAAAACAGACUGCGUGGUUCCAGUAUUGCAGUUGAUGAGUGA